AUGUCCAAGGCGUUCGAUACGAUUCACCGACUGAAGCUACUGGAGGUGAUGUCUGCAAUCACCAAUCCAGAUUGCCCAUGUCUCAUCCACCACCUACUCCACAACACAACUAUCACUGUUAAGGUUGCAAGUGCCACAGCUGAACCGUUUGAGUGCACUAUCGGAACGCCACAAGGCGACAGUCUCAGCCCAGUUCUCUUCAUCUGCUAUCUGGAGGCUGCACUACAGGAAUGCAGAACUCGUCUCGCGCCCCGCCCUGCUGGCGACGCAAGUCUACCACCAGAGACGGGCUAUGCAGAGGACAUCUCAUGUUAUUCAACCUGCAGGCUGUGGCUUGAGAACGCUCUGCCUGUAAUAGCAGACACACUGCACGAUUGGUCAUUAAAAGUAAAUCCAGAUAAAACAGAGUGGAUCCGUGUGUCACCUGAAUCCGAGAGCUGGCGGACAUCUAGCCAGCUUGGCUCCUUGAUGGGGGAGGAGGAGGAUGUUCGGCGCAGGAUGGAACUUGCCUCUCACGUGUUUGGCCAGAUUUACGGCUAA